AUGCUCGGGAGCAUAUUGCGUCAAUUUGGAGAGAAGGUCUGCAUCCGCGUUCUCCGCCCGGGGAAUUUGGGCGAUCUUGAAUUCUUCGAAGCCUUUCAACAGGGCAAGUACAAG